AUGCCUAAAAAUAAAGGAAAGGGAGGAAAGAAUCGGCGUCGAGGAAAGAACGAGAAUGAAAGUCAGAAACGCGACUUGAUAUAUAAAGAAGCUGGUCAAGAAUAUGCAAAAGUUGAACGCCUUCUAGGCAAUGGUCGAUUGGAGGCUUAUUGUUUCGACGGUGUAAAAAGGCUGUGUCAUAUUCGUGGAAAGUUGCGCAAAAAAGUAUGGAUCAGUAAUGGUGAUAUCAUUUUAAUUGGUUUACGAGAUUAUCAAGACAAUAAAGCCGAUGUGAUUAUGAAAUAUUUGAAUGAUGAAGCUAGAACUCUUAAAUCAUUAGGAGAGAUUCCUGACACUAUAAAAUUAGAAGAGAAUGAUGAUAUUGAAUUCGAUGCCAAUGCUGCCAUCUUCGAAGAUGAUGAAGAUGAUGAAAAAGGAUCAGACUCUGAAGAUGAGGAAGGCUCAGAUGAUGAUGCUGAUGAUAACAGUGAUGAUUCUGAUGAGAUUGCAGAAAUCAACCAACGAUAUCGAGCUGAUACUGGUAUCGGUAAAGAUCAGCGAAAUAAUCGUCGAAGAUAG